AUGACCAAGUCCCCAACUAUACCCAAGAACUCCAUCCCCUUUCCAUCAUCUCCAGAGAAGCUUACAGUACCCCCAGAUUUGGCCACCGAUCAUCGCCGCCGCCGAAGCUCAUCUAUAAUAUCGCAUGUGGAACCUGAGACAAUCGAUGUCAAGAAUGACCAAGACAUCAAUCCCAACCUAAACGCCAACUGGGUACAUUUCAAAGGUGCGUGGCUAGUGCACAUAGUAAUCAUUGUUUUGCUGAAGAUCUUCUACGAUCUAUUCCCGAUUUUCAGUAGAGAGUUGAGCUGGACAUUGACUAACAUUACUUACGUGAUCGGAUCGUAUAUCAUGUUCCAUCAAGUCAAAGGAACGCCGUUCGAUUUCAACGGAGGUGCUUACGACAACCUUACAAUGUGGGAGCAGAUCGACGAUGGGGCUCAAUAUACUCCUGCGAAAAAGUUCUUGGUCGGUGUUCCCAUAGCCCUAUUUUUGAUCUCUACACAUUACUCAAACUAUGAUUUGAAUCUGUUUAUUUUGAACUUUAUCAGUUGUAUGAUUGUUGUUAUUCCCAAGCUGCCAUCAUCUCAUCGUUUAAGAGUGACACUCCCUUUUUUUAGCUGA